ACCCAACCGUGCGUCUCCUGCGUGCUGACGUCAGGUGCGUGCCCCUGUCCGGCAGCGGAGGAGACCCCGCGCAGUGCUGCCAACGCCCCGGUGGAGAAGCUGAGGUCAUCAUCAAGUUUGAAUACUUAAAGUGGAUACAAAACUAUUUCAGCAAUGCAGACAAUUAAGUGCGUUGUUGUGGGCGAUGGUGCUGUUGGUAAAACAUGUCUCCUGAUUUCCUACACAACAAACAAAUUUCCAUCUGAGUAUGUGCCGACUGUUUUUGACAACUAUGCAGUCACAGUUAUGAUUGGUGGAGAGCCAUAUACUCUUGGACUUUUUGAUACUGCAGGGCAAGAGGAUUAUGAUAGAUUACGGCCGCUGAGUUAUCCACAAACAGAUGUAUUUUUAGUGUGUUUUUCAGUGGUUUCUCCAUCCUCAUUUGAAAAUGUGAAAGAAAAGUGGGUGCCUGAGAUAACUCACCAUUGUCCAAAGACUCCUUUCUUGCUUGUUGGGACCCAAAUUGAUCUCAGAGAUGACCCCUCUACUAUUGAGAAACUUGCCAAGAACAAACAGAAGCCUAUCACUCCAGAGACGGCUGAAAAGCUGGCCCGUGAUCUGAAGGCUGUCAAGUAUGUGGAGUGUUCUGCGCUCACACAGAAAGGCCUAAAGAAUGUAUUUGAUGAAGCAAUAUUGGCUGCCCUGGAGCCUCCAGAACCGAAGAAGAGCCGCAGGUGUGUGCUGCUAUGAACACUCUCCAGAGCCCUUUCUGCACAGCUGGUGUCGGCAUCGUACUAAAAGCAAUGUUUAAAUCAAACUAAAGAUUAAAAAUUAAAAUUCGUUUUUGCAAUAAUGACAAAUGCCCUGCACCUACCCACAUGCACUCGUGUGAGACAAGGCCCAUAGGUAUGGCCCCCCUUCCCCCUCCAAUACUAGUUAAUUUUGAGUAAUUGUGUAUUGUCAGAAAAGUGAUCAGUACUAGUUUAUGUUUUAUUGUUCCCAAAAAAAUUUUUGUUGUCAUUGUUUUAAAGCAAGGCAUGCUUUGUGAUGACUCUGUAACAGACUAAUUUGAAUUGUUGGAGCUGCUCCCUGGUUCCACUCUGGAGAGUAAUCUGGGACAUCUUAGUGUUUUUGUUUGUUUAGUUUUUUUCUUUUUUUGGGGGGGCGGAAUAUGUGUGGGGUUUUUUAGUCUUGUUUUUUUAAUUCAUUAACCAGUGGACAGCCCUUCAGGGGAGGAGGAUGGAUUGAUUCCACAUUCUACUUCCUGGACCUAGUGUUAGAAGACAUGUCCCCCACCUGGUGCUCUUAGGAAGGAGUACAGUAAAUGCCUCAUUUAAUAACAUACUCCUUUUUGAAAGUUGCCUUUUCUCUCCACCCUUGAGUAGAUCCAGUCUUUGAGGAAACUCGUGGAAGUGGGUGGAGCCUGUCUUGCCCCUCCUCUUUUCUAGGCUGCACUAUAUAUGUGACUGUGACUUUCAAGGAAAUUUGUUUGCCAUUUGCUGAUUUUGGGGAAGUUAAUUUCUAACUUCUUCACGGAUAAAUGAAAAAAAGUAUUGCACCUUUUGAAAUACACCAAAUGGAUUGAGUUCAUAAUUAAAAAUAUUUUUUUCCCUGUCA